AUGUGGAGUACGUGGUGUGCAAUGGCCCUUGCAUACACGAUGUUCAACAUCUACCUCCCCAAAGUCCUCGAAACAGGGUCUGGGUGUGGAUGCACGGCAGGAUCAUUGUCGGUCCCACCAACAAAGACACUCGAACAAAGUUCAUGGGACGUUGUUAUUUUCACUAUUGGGGGGUGGCCAGGUCGCCUUCCCUCCUUUCUUGCGUUCACCUCUUACACGGCACUGAUACUUGAAAUAAAAAAGCUCGGAGUGCGGCUCAUCGAAACAAGGUUAGGCCGGAGGUGCUCCCUUGCUGAAAGCACCAUCAUCACUGUGUUCUUCCGCAUGGUGUUCGUGCUUGUGGAGUCGACGUGGGCGGUUAGGGCUAGUACAUUUGGAAUUAGCUUGAGUGUUACGACGAUGUGGGCCGUGUUGUGUGGCUGGACCCCAGAAAUUUUUGGUACGAAAGUGCGGGGAACGGCAUGCGGGAUCGCUUCGGCUCUUUCGAAGGUAGGAGGGGUGAUCACACCCAUGUUUGGUGGGAUGCUUUUAAUGAUAGACAAGUCUCUACCUGUGUAUGCCAGCACUAUGGUUUUUGUGUUCGCGGGGUUUUGCGUGUUAAUUCUAAAAGAAGACAGGGGGAAGGAGGGAGAGGGUCUAAGGGGGGCCGAGUGGUUAUGCAUUAACUGCACGGCAAGAGAGAGUACCAUAUCGACACAUUGA